AUUAUGAUUAAGAUGUUAUAAACUAUGUUUCUAUUAAUAUGUGAUAUGUUUAGGUUCUGCCAGAUAUAUUGACCACUAGGCUGAGUAAUGUUUUAUCAUUUAGAAGUAUGUAGUAUAUAUGUUUUAAAUAAUAUCUUGUAAUGUACUUAUUUGUAAUAUACAUGAUGCUAUAUAUGAUUAGGUGAUUAAUUAAUGGGUCUAUUACAAAUAUGUUUUAACAGUGUUAGAUGUUAUAAAUAUUGAUAUCGUUUGUCUGUAUGAUAUCCUUUGAUAUCAUUCAUUUAUUUAUGAUACUUACAUGUGUUUUUCAGACCCAACAAUCUAUUACAGUGUAUUCCAUAUCCAAGAGAAUGAUGUAUUGUUUGUGUUGUUGUAUGAUGGACAUAUAUGUAAAAUAAACAUCUAGUAAACUACCACUGAGUUAAGUCGUGUGGCUCUGAUAGAGAGUCAUGAUGGAACUUAGUCGCUCAUCCGACCUUGACCUUUUGACCUUGAAAAUAUAACGGCCCUAGAUUCAGUCAAGCAGGACCAUUGGAACACACGUUAGAGAGGUCAAUGCAACUCUAACUUUGACAUACAUCGAGAGAUAUUGAAGGAACUUGGCACAACUGUUCACCAGUUAUUUGAUGUGUCGUUCGCAUGACCCUUGGACAGAUUUCACAAACGCCCAUAACUUUUACAGAUACAUACAGUUGUGCAGAUGUCUGCAAGAACAGUAUUGGAGCUGGUAGAAAUGCGACAUUAUCGGCAUUUUCGUCCCAGUAUCCCGCGUACGCUCAUGGACCGGCCAGGGGUUGGCUCAACACCAAACAACAAACUGAUGCACAAGGUCACAUUCAAGCCGGAGCCUGGGUGGCUGGAAAACAUGAUACAAACCAAUAUUUACAGGUAGAAUUUGCUUCUCCGAGCAUUGUGCGAGGCAUUGUAAGCCAGGGCAGAGAGGGAUGUUGUCCUGAGUGGGUGACGGAAUAUAAGGUCUCAUAUAGCAAGGAUUGUAAAACUUGGACACCAUAUGCAACCGGAAGUACAUUUAAAGCAAACAGUGAUCAAAAUACGCCGGUUACAAAUAUUUUGAAUUGUCCCAUAUCUGCUAAAUGUAUCCGAGUCUUGCCUACAAAAUGGAAUGGUAAAAUUGCAAUGAGACUGGACGUUCUCGGUUGUCCAAUAAAGCCUGUUAACUCUGUGACACCACCUUCUACUACAACUCAGAGCACACCGUCAACCGUUACAACGACAGCUUCAACAUCAACAAGUACGACGUCCACUCCAACAACAUCAACAGUAACAACGUCGUCAAGCACACCAUCAACUACUAGUACAACCGCCACGUCUACAACGUCUUCAACUUCAACAACACCACUUGUAACAUCAACUACGUCAUCUGCUACAACAACACAAAGUACCACUACUGUCAGUACAACAACAAUACCACCAACAACGAGCACGCCUUCAACUGUACCAUCUACAUCGACAACGACAACAACAGCCACAACAACCAAACCAUCUACAUCGACUGCAACAACAACAACAGUCACACCUUCUUCAACGUCAAGUUCUACGAUGCAACCAUCGAAACCAUCAGUUCCUACGUCAACUGCCCAAAGCACAACGACCAUGCCAUUAGGAUCGACAACUCCGGGUUGCAUUGAUCACCAUGGCGUUGAUUGCCAGAUAAUGAACAAAUACUUGAGUAUAUGUGGAAAUGCUCCUACUGCCGCUGCAUAUUGUCCGCUUUAUUGCGGUCUGUGUGGACCCACGACACAGGCCGUGUCCACAACGACAUCUGCAACAUCUUCAGCCACUAACACACAACCUACAUCAACAUCCGCUUCUACGACAAUGACGUCUACUACAACAGCGCAGAGUACUUCCUCACAAUCCACUAAGAUGUCAUCUUCGGCGUCAACAGCUGGACUAAGUACGUCUACAAGUCCCGCCCCAGUAACAACAACAUCUAACCAGUGUAUAGAUAAACCUGGAAUCGACUGCCAUCUUCUAGACACAACCCUCGGUGUCUGUUCAAAUGCAAAUACAUCCCAUCUUUAUUGUUCCAAAUACUGCGGGCUAUGUGGUCCAACAACACAACAAAUGUCGAACUCAAUGACACCAACACCAUCAACAUCCCCAACGGCUCAAAGCUCAGUUCCUUCUACUACAACAACUGGUUCGGCAACAAAUUCAUUAACAACGCCUGGAAGUACAGUCUUAACUACAGGUCCAACAACAACUUCAGCAUCACCAACAACAACUUCAGCAUCACCAACAACUCAAAGUUCAGUUGCUUCGACAACAAAUUCAUGUGUGGAUAAACAAGGGAUUGACUGCCAUUUAUUAGAUUCUCAUCUUAGUUUAUGUAAAGACAAAGUCGCAGCGGCAUCUUAUUGUCCACGCUAUUGUGGCAUAUGUGGACCUACGACGACUUCCGUAUCUACACCAGCAACAUCUACUGCUGCAACGAGUACAUCUGUUUCGCCAAAUCCAUCAACAACUUCUAGUUCUGUAAAAACAACAGUGACAACUUCUGGGUCAACUAUUUCGACUCAGUCCCAAAGUAUUAGUCAAUCUACGAUGUUAAGCACCACAAAAACAUCGCCGACGACUCUACUUGUUUCAACGACGCAAGUAACGUGCACAGAUCAGCCUGGUAUUGACUGCCAUCUGUUAGACUCUUAUCUAAACAUUUGCCAGAACAAAAAUACUUCACAAAUAUAUUGUAAGAAGUAUUGUGGACUUUGUGGUUCAACAACACCAACCACUCCUCCUACAUCAGCAAGUUCUGCCAGUUUACCUACGACUUCGUCGAGCGCAGUUGUACAUUCGUCAAGUGUAACGUCAACAAUUUCAAAUACACACAUAAUUCCGUCUAGUAAUUCGUUAUCAUUGACAUCAACAUCCGGUACUACACCGUUUCAGAGUUCUACACUGACAGCAAACAACAGUAUGAGCACACCGACUACACAGUCAUCAAGUACUGCUUCUGUUACAGCAUCAUCAGCAUCAUCUACUUCGUCAACACAGAUGUCAACGACUGUGACAUCUUCAACACAAGCAAAUCAAACAACAUUCACAACACAAACUACUACAGCUGGAUGUGUCAAUAAACCAGCUGUAGAUUGCAAGCUACUUGACACAUACUUGAACAUUUGUCAGGAUCUAAAUGCAUCGCAGACGUACUGCCCUCUUUACUGUGGUUUGUGUGGAUCUACAACUACUGGUAUUUCAAGUUCUACAAACACAGGCACGUCCUCUGUAUCAUCUAGUUCAAGUUCUGGUACCACGGUGACAAGUACCCCAGCCGGAACGUCCAUAACUUCUGGUACAUCAGCGACAACUACUCCAGCUGGAACUUCUAUGACAAGUUCUGGUACCUCGGCGACACCUACUUCAGCCGGAACUUCCAUGACAAGCUCGGGUACGUCAGCGACAACUACUUCAGCCGGUACUUCCAUGACAAGUUCUGGUUCCUCGGCGACGACUCCACCAGGGACUUCUAUGACAAGUUCUGGUACCUCGGCAACAACUACUCCAGCCGGUAUUUCCAUGACAAGUUCUGGUGCCUCGGCAAAGACUCCACCAGGGACUUCCUUGACAAGUUCUGGCACCUCGGCAACAACUACCCCAGCCGGUAUUUCCAUGGCAAGUUCUGGUGCCUCGGCGACGACUCCACCAGGGACUUCCAUGACAAGUUCUGGUACCUCGGCGACAACUACUCCAGCAGGGACCUCCAUGACAAGUUCUGGUCCAACCUCAACUACGACUUCUUGUCAAGAUAAGACUGGUAUAGACUGUCACCAGCUCGAUAAAUUCUUACACAUUUGCAACGAUACGAACACAGCUCCAAUAUACUGCCCAAAAUUCUGCGGUCUUUGUGGCACUACAUUUACACGACAAACAAAACUAGCGGCUCGCACAACAUCCGCGAGUCAAACAACAUCAGCCGGUCUAACAACAUCAGCAGGUCAAACAACAUCUGCAGGUCAAACGACAUCUGCAGGUCGAACGACAUCAGCAGGUCAAACGACUUCUGCAGGUCAAACGACAUCAGCUGGUCAAACAACGUCAGCAGGUCAAACAGCGUCAGCUGGUCAAACAACGUCAGCUGGUCAAACAACAUCAGCAGGUCAAACAACGUCAGCUGGUCAAACAACAUCUACAGGUCAAACGACGUCAGCAGGUCAAACAACGUCAGCAGGUCAAACAACAUCAGCAGGUCAAACAACGCCAGCCCGUCAGACAACGUCAGCAGGUCAAACGACAUCAGCAGGUCAAACAACGUCAGCUGGUCAAACGACGUCAGCAGGUCAAACGACGUCAGCAGGUCAAACAACAUCAGCAGGUCAAACAACAUCAGCAGGUCAGACAACGUCAGCAGGUCAAACGACAUCAGCAGGUCAAACAACUUCAGCAGGUCAAACAACGUCAGCUGGUCAAACAACGUCAGCAGGUCAAACAACGUCAGCUGGUCAAACAACAUCAGUAGGCCAAACAACGUCAGCUGGUCAAACAACGUCAGCAGGUCAAACAACGUCAGCAGGUCAAACAACAUCUGCAGGUCAAACGACGUCAGCGGGUCAAACAACGUCAGCGGGUCAAACAACGCCAGCAGGUCAAACAACGUCAGCAGGUCAAACAACGUCAGCAGGUCAAACAACAUCAGCCGGUCAAACAACGUCAGCAAGUCGUACAACAUUAGCAGGUCAAACAAUGUCAGCAGGUCAGACGACAACAGCUGGUCAGACAACGUCAGCUGGUCAAACAACAUCAGCUGGUCAAAAAACAUCAGCAGGUCAAACAACGUCAGCUGGUCAAACAACGCCAGCAGGUCAAACAACGUCAGCAGGUCAAACAACGUCAGCGGGUCAAACAACGUCAGCAGGUCAAACAACGUCGGCUGGUCAAACAACGCCAGCAGGUCAAACAACGUCAGCAGGUCAAACAACGUCAGCCGGUCAAACAACAUCAGCGGGUCAAACAACGUCAGCGGGUCAAACAACCUCAGCGGGUCAGACAACAUCAGCAGGUCAGACAACGUCAGCAGGUCAGACAACGUCGGCAGGUCAAACAACGUCAGCGGGUCAAACAACAUCGGCAAGUCAAACAUCGUCCGCAGGUAAAACAUCAACAGGUCAGACAACAGCAGCCGGUCAGACAACAUCAGCUGGUCAAACAACGUCUACAGGUCAGACAACAUCUACAGGUCAAACAACUUCAGCAGGUCAAACUAUAUCAGCAGGUCAGACAACAGCAGCCGGUCAGACAACAGCAGCUGGUCAGACAACAUCAGCUGGUCAAACAACGUCCGCAGGUCAAACAACAUCACCAGGUCAGACAACAUCUACAGGUCAAACAACGUCAGCAGGUCAAACAACAUCAGCGGGUCAAACAACGUCUGCAGGUCAAACAACAUCAGCCGGUCAGACAUCAUCAGCAGGUUCAACAACGUCAGCAGGUCAAACAACAUCAGCAGGUCAAACGACAUCAGCAGGUCAAACAACGUCAUCAGGUCAAACAGCGUCAGCAGGUCAAACAACAUCAGCUGGUCAAACAACAUCAGCAGGUCAAACAACGUCAGCGGGUCAGACAACGUCAGCAGGCCAAACAACAUCAGCUGGUCUAACAACAUCUGCAGGUCAAACAACGUCAGCUGGUCAAACAACGUCAGCGGGUCAGGCAACGUCAGCAGGUCAAACAACGUCAGCUGGUCAAACAACGUCAGCAGGUAAAACAACGUCAGCUGUUCAAACAACCUCAGUAGGUCAAACAACAUCAGCUGGUCAAGCAACGUCAGCAGGUCAAACAACAUCAGCAGGUCAAACAACGUCAGCAGGUAGUACAACAUCAGCUGGUCAGACAACGUCAGCAGGUCAAACAACAUCAGCUGGUCAAACAACGUCAGCAGGUCAAACAACAUCAGCAGGUCAAACAACGUCAGCAGGUAGUACAACAUCAGCAGGUCAAACAACGUCAGCUGGUCAAACAACGUCAGCAGGUCAAACAACGUCAGCAGGAAGUACAACAUCAGCAGGUCAAACAACGUCAGCUGGUCAAAUAACGUCAGCAGGCCAAACAACAUCAGCCGGUCUAACAACAUCUGCAGGUCAAACAACGUCAGCUGGUCAAACAACGUCAGCAGGUCAAACCACGUCAGCUGGUCAAACGACGUCAGCAGGUCAAACGACGUCAUCAGGUCAAACAACGUCAGCUGGUCAAACGACAUCAGCUGGUCAAACAACAUCAGCAGGUCAAACAACGUCAGCAGGUCAAACAACGUCAGCAGGUCAAACUACGUUGGCUGGUCAAACAACAUCGGCUAUUCAAGCAAUGUCAGCAGGUCAAACGACAACAGCUGGUCAGACAACAUCAGCAGGUCAAACAACAUUAGCUGUUCAAACAACCUCAGUAGGUCAAACAACGUCAGCAGGUCAAACAACGUCAGCAGGUCAGACAACGUCAGCAGGUCAAACAACCUCAGCCGGUCAAACAACGUCAGCAGGUCAAACAACAUCAGCAGGUCAAACAACGCCAGCAGGUCAAACAACAUCAGCAGGUCAAACAACAUCAGCUGGUCUAACAACAUCAGCUGGUCAAACAACAUCAGCGGGUCAAACAACGUCAGCAGGUCAAACAACAUCAGCUGGUCCAACAACAUCAGCUGGUCAAACAACAUCAGCAGGUCAAACGACAUCAGUUGGUCAAACGACUUCAACAAUCUCUAUCACGAGUACCCCCUCGAUAUCAACAACACAUGAUCCUUGCAAUGAUACGUUAGACUGUAAACUUCUUGAUUCUUUUUGGGGUGUCUGUAGUGAUAUAAAAACUGCAAGUGGCUGUCUUACAUAUUGUGGCUAUUGCCCAUCAGGAGUCCCCUUUGGUGUAACUUCCUUGCCAGUGUCAAUUCAGGCGUCAAAAAGUAGCACAGCAACCAAUGCACAAAUCUUGUCAUCUGUUUCCACAUCUAAAAGUAGCGUUUCAACGCCACAGUCUUCAACUGGUACUGCAACGUCACCGGCUUCAACUUUUAUUUCGUCAACAUUUAUAAACCCUUCGUCUUCGGUUUUUUCCAAUACGCUCUCCUCGUCCACAAAACCUAAUUUAUCUACUGGAUCAAGCUCUCCAGCUGUAUCUUCUGUCUCCACCACUAUCAUAUCUACUACUCAAGCUUGCGCGGACAGUCCGGGAGUGGAUUGUGUUCUUUUAGCAAAAUUCUGGGGCAUUUGUAAAGAUGUUAAAUCGGCAUCUAAUUGUUUGAAGUAUUGUGGAUUUUGUCCGUAAUAAAUUAUUAAAAUACAUUA